AUGACGACUACGGAUGGAAUCGACGCCUAUGCCGCUGACGAGACCAGACCCUUAAAGAUCUUGAUCGUUGGUGCUGGCAUCUGUGGAUUGACCGCAGCUAUUGCUCUGCGCAACCAGGGCCAUGAUAUCCAAAUUUUUGAGCAAUCGCAACUAGCCAAGGAGACGGGGGCCGCUAUCCACUUAGCCCCCAACGCAAAUGGCCUCCUCCGGCGAUUGGGGAUUUUUGCAGAGCAGUUUGGCGCCAACCCCAUGGAAAGACUCACAGAGUAUACCACGACAGGAGAACUGAAACGGGAGAUGGACCUCACGCAGGCGAACAAGAGGUGGCAACAUCCCUGGCUUCUCGCACACCGCAUUGACCUCCACAACAACUUGAAAAGAGUCGCCACGACUGCCACAAAAACCCACGACGCAAUCCCCCUUCGAACGGCUUCUCGUAUUGCUCAGGUAGAUGCCGAGACAGCAACCAUCACGCUAGAGGAUGGCAGUCAGUUCCAAGGCGACGUGGUGCUCGGUACUGAUGGUGUGCACUCGGUUACCCGACAUGCGGUGCCUGGUGGCCAGAUUAAGGCAGAGUGUCGCGGCAAGAGCGCCUUUCGAUUCCUGGUCUCGAAGGAGGCGGCCGCGAACGACCCAAUCACAGCCAAGCUGGUCCAGCACCCGGGUCAACUCAGCAUAUGGUACAGCACCGAGUCGCGCAUCAUCAUGUACCCUACUUCCCACAAUAGUGUCCUGAACUUCGUGUUGAUCCAUCCGGAACAUGAGUCCGCGGCAGAUGCCGGUGACUCUUGGGGUCAACAGGGCAAUCUCGAGAAGAUGUUGCAAAUCUUCCGCGAGUUUGAUCCGGCCAUUCUUCGACUCAUAGGCAAGGCCGACCCUCAAAGUGUGAAGGUAUGGAAGCUCCUGGACAUGGACCUUGUCCCCCAAUGGCAUCACCAGCGUCUAGCUCUGCUCGGAGACGCAGCCCACCCUUUCCUGCCACACCAGGGCCAGGGCGGCGGAGUCGCGAUCGAGGAUGCCAUCUCGCUGGCGGUGGUCCUAUCUCCAGGGACACCAGUCGCCGAGGUGCCCGAGCGACUCAAACUCUACCAUGACAUCCGCCACGAGCGGGCCACUCGCAUUCAAGGAUUCUCGCGUCUUAUCGGCGAGGAUCGUACCGAAGACAAGCGGUUGGACAUGAGCGGCUUCACCAACUUCAACUUUGGACAUGACGAAUGGGAUCAUUCGACCCAGCGUCUGCGUGAGUGGACGUGGAAUAAGAUUCCCAAUCCCUACUGGUGUAUGCCCAUCGCCUUUGGCCCGAUGCCUGGACCGCGACAGACCCAUCUUGGUUUACCACAUGACGGCACCAAAUCUACGUUUACGACGGCGUCGAUCAAGUUUAAGACCUCGCGAACCGUGCUGCAGAACCUGUUUCCGCCUGGUCGCAAAGGCUGGCGGUUCACGGCUCCAGAUACUGUUGCCUACUGCUCCUUCUCACAGACUACGUUGGACAAGAUGGAGUGGCUGGGUGGUUCAGGAUACAAGCUAAUUGGCUUGUACGUGCACGGGGUUGAGUAUGUUAAAGAAGAUGGCUCGGUGGUCCAGGGCACCUACCUCCCCAUCCUGUUUGAGUCCUUGGCGGACCCCAUUGUUUCAGGUCGGGAGGAACUCGGCAUGCCCAAGCUUUACACCUCCAUCGAUGUGUACCGUCGCUCCAGUUCCUAUCGCAUCCGCACCGGGUGGGAGGGAGCCCUCUGGGGGAACUUUUUAAUAGAGGACCUGGUUGAAGUGGACCCAUCAACCACCACAGCCGCAUUAAGUGGUGAGGCCGAUGCGGGAACUCUGACCUACAAAUACAUUCCCAAGAGUGGUCAGGCAAAUAAGAACAUUGCUGCGGAAGAAUAUGUCGUCUUUGACCCCCUCUCCAAGGCGGUGCUGAAGCCACGACCACAGAGGGUGUUCACGAGUAAUAAGGCAAGCAUACAAAUUGAUGCUUUGGAUUGGCAGCAACUACCGACGCUCCAUCAUAUCAUUUCACGGCUUGCAGAGGUUCCUGUGUUCGAGAUUAUGGGGGCAAAGGUGGUGGAAGGGGAAGGUGUGCCGGACGUUUCGGGAGCAGGUCCAAUUGAGUAG